CUUACUUGCCACAUAUGCAACAGAGGAAUGAACGUCAUGCAAAAGUUAGUUCAUUUCAAACAGCAAUACAGCGCUGGGCUGUAAACGUUUUAAUUAUCGAUUUGUUUCUUACACCAACCUAUCGGUUUGCUACAGAAGACAUUACUUGAUCGACUGGAGUUGUGUGGAUUACUUUUAUGCUGCCUAAAUAUGCUAAAUAAAUAUGCCUUUUGGACCAUCAAACAGCCAGCAGCCUGAUGGCAUCUAUUUACAUACAUUGUAUGGACAAACUGAGCUGAAAUCUGCUUAUAAAAAUCUUCACUUCGGUUCUGCGGAAGAAGAAAAUUCAUGAACAUCUGGGAUGGCUUAAAGACUCUAGUCCUUACUCUUGUCCUGUACCCUAUGCUGAGGACACUGGGUGUUCAGAUCCACUCUGCGGUCACAGGGAGCUAUAUGGCUGGAUAUCACUCUGUGCUGCUUAUCAACUGUCCUACUGAACAGAUUGCCAGAGACAUUGGCAGGGGCAUCAUGGAGAAAAGACUGGCGGCAUGUGUGAAUAUAUUUCCCCGCACUGCCACUAUGUACUACUGGAAGGGAGAGAUUCGAGAUGCCUCAGAAAUACUGAUGCUUGUGAGAACGAGAACAUCUCUAAUACAGAGACUUGUGGCUUAUGUAAAAGCAGUGCAUCCAUAUGACGUUCCAGAAAUCAUUAGUUUUCCUAUUGAUGAUGGAAGUCUGCACUACUUGAAGUGGAUGGAAGAUGCACUCCCUGAUAUUUAACACGUAAAUGUCUGCAGUCCAGUUUAGAUGCAGCCCUGGAGACUCAGUAUGCAGAAGCAUAUGGGGGAUGUGAACAAAAAUUCUCAGGUUAAUGGGAACCCUGAUCCAUACAGAGAUAUAUUAGAAUAUAUGUCUCUUCAUAUAAAGAUCAGAGUGUAUAUGUACUGGUUGGAUUUGUGUGGAAAGGGAUACUUGUCCAAUAAAGUUUUACCUGUAGCUCAGAAAUGGAAAACUUAUCCUGACGUUUUUAAGGCUUCAAGGAGUAGUUCACCCAAAAAUGAUUAUUAUCUCAUAAUUUACUUACCCUUAUGUCGUCUCAAACUUGUAUGACGUUCAUUCUUCCUUGGAACACAAACAAAUAUAUUGUAAUGGAGAUUUUCAAACUCAAAAAUGACAUAAAGGCAGCAUUAAAGUAAUUCAUAAGACUUCAAUGGUUUAGUCUUCUGAAGCAAUCCAAUCAACCAAAACUUUGUGUAACUUUUUCACUGCACAUCUUGGAAUUACAGUCUCUAGGCACGAUCAUGAUUUCAAGCUCGACUACACUUCCUAACGUUUGACGCAUGCGCAGAGCGCUAGAUGGCGCAAGGAAGUGUAAUCAAGCUUCAAAUCAUGUUUACCAAAGAGACUACUGAUGUCAAGAGUUUUUGACAUUUUGGUCUAUUCUUAUCCCAAGCCGAUUGGAUUACUUCAGAAGACAUGGAUUAAACCACUAGAGUCUUACGGGACCUUCAUGCUGCCUUAAUGUCCUUUUUGGAGCUUGAAAGUUUGGUCACCAUGUAUAUUUUUGUUUGUGUUCCGCAGAAGAAAGAAAGUCAUCCGCAUUGAGAUGACAUAAGAGUGAGUAAAUUAUGAGAGAAUUGUCAUUUUUGGGUGAACUAUUCCUUUAAUCAUUUCCAAGCUGCCUUUCAUACUUAACUGGAUCCGACUGUUACUGUGUUUCAUUGGCCUGAGGCAUUGUUGCAUUGAAACUGCCCAGUAAUGAUGAUGAGCCUCUGUUCAAACAUACUGUAUAUAUUUAUUGACUAUUUCGUUGACUUGAAUUACCUUAAUUACAAAAGUUAUUUCUAAUAUGAAUUCAGUUAAUUGUUAAAAUAAUAUGUGAGAACUGAUUUAUACAACUUCAUGUUUAAAUGUGGUUGUUGGGCAGAUAUUAAAAAAAAAUUUAAAU